UCUGUGCUGAACUCUCACACGGAAGUAGACAGCACUGACCCGUCUCUCGCUUUAUCUUUCUCCAAUUUCCCGAUGUAUUAAAAUAAACGAGACUUUAAGUGGAACCGCAGCCCUGUGAAUGCGUGUAACGUUACAGUCUCUCUAUGUCGGGGAUUCUGACAGGACGUUAGGAGACCUCGGAGCUAACACGAGACGUGUGUGUGUGUGUGUGUGUUACAGACUGAGUACUGAGCGCCCCUCCCUGUCAGAGCUCUGAAAAAAUGCAAAACAGCUCUAUCGUCUACGACAGUGAUGGUUGUCCAUUUGCUCCCUUGGUGGUGCUGGAGUUGGCCGAGAAUACUGAACCUGAGGCCAUUGCAUGGUUAUUAAGAAGAAUAAGAGACAAGCAGCAAAAUGGAGGAGCUGAGUUGCUGGUGGAGCAGCAGCUGUCACUUGAAGGACAAGAUAAGCCAAAAGUGCAUCCUAAUGUUUUUCUUGUGGGCGCUACCUGGCAGAGACUCCUGACUGGAGCAGAAGAUCUGGGCCUUUUUAAGGAGUUCCAAGAUGGUACCAUGCGAGGAUUCACUUAUGCCAAUCGGGAGAGUUUCAAAGAAUUCCAGGGUGAGGGCGAUGGGUUCCUUAGCAUUGCAGAAUGUCAGUACAUCAUCAAACACGAGUUGGACACCCUAAGGGCAAAGGAUGAAGUCCAUGUUCCAGGAUACCCCAAACUUAGGCUCUAUCCUGGAAAGUCAGUCAUCCGUAGAUUGCAGUCUAAAGGGAUUCUUGUCCAAUGUUUCCCACUCCAUGAUAAAGAGGAGUUAAAGAGGCUCUCUUCCAGUUGGUACAAAAAGGUCAAGUUUUCCUUUCAGCCACUGAAUGACAUCAGGCAUUACUUUGGCGAAGGUUUGGCGCUUUACUUUGGUUUUCUCGAGUACUUCACAUUAGCCUUGGUGCCAAUGGCCCUGAUUGGCAUCCCCUACUACCUCUUUGAUUGGGAGGACUAUGAUAAAUAUGUUCUCUUUGCUGUCUUGAACUUGGUUUGGUCCACUGUCUUCCUGGAGGUGUGGAAGAGAUAUAGUGCACAGCUGGCUUAUGGAUGGGGAACGUUGAGUCGUAAGAAAGCAUUUGAAGAACCACGACCGGGAUUUCAUGGCGUUCUUGGCCUUAAUCCUGUAACAGGCCGCGAGGAGCCGACCUACUCUAACACCAAACGGCAGUUAAGGGUCUAUCUGGUGUCUGUCCCUUUCGUGUUGCUGUGCCUGUACAUCGCUCUCUGUGUGAUGAUGAUCUACUUUGACAUGGAGAGAUGGGCGAUAGAUAUUUAUAAUGAAGAGCCAAACUUCCUAACAAGUGUGCUGCUGUUCAUACCAAGUAUUGUGUAUGCAGUGGUCAUUGAGCUCAUGAACCUGUUAUACCGCUACGCAGCUGAGUUUCUCACAAACUGGGAAAACCAUAGGCUGGAAUCAUCUUUUCAGAAUCACCUGGUUCUUAAAGUAUUGGUGUUCAACUUCAUCAACUGUUUUUCUUCUUUAUUCUACAUUGCUUUUGUAAUGCAAGAUAUGGCUUUGCUUCGACAUAGCCUUGCCACUCUUCUCAUCACCUCACAAAUCCUGAACCAAGUGAUGGAAGCCUUCCUGCCAUAUUGGCUGCAGAGGAGACGAAAUAAGAAGGUCCAUAAGAGGGUGAGGAGGGUGAUGGGAGAUCAGGAGCUCCCCAUGGUGGAGCAGGUCCAGCUGGAGAGUGAAAUGAAUACUUAUCUGGGCACGUUUGAUGACUAUCUGGAGCAGUUCUUACUGUUUGGCUAUGUCAGUCUGUUUUCCUGUGUGUAUCCUCUUGCUGCCGUGCUGGUGGUGCUCAACAACAUUACAGAGGUUUAUUCAGACGCCUUUAAAAUGUCUCACGUGUUCAAGCGUCCAUUCUCUGAGCCUGCAUCUGACAUUGGAGUAUGGCAGCUGGCGUUCGAGACGAUGAGCAUUAUUGCUGUGGUCACCAACUGUGCCUUGAUCGGUCUUUCUCCUCAAGUACAGGCCUACUUUCCUGAGGCGGACACGCAGCUUAUCCUCACUAUAGUGGCUGUUGAGCAUGUCCUCCUGGCCUUCAAGUUCAUCCUGGCCUUCAUUAUUCCAGAUGUGCCCAAGCACAUUCAGAUCAAACUGGCCAAGCUAGAGUUUGAGUCUCUGGAAGCUCUAAAGAAAAAGCAAGCGCUUGCUCGAAAAUGCUGGAGACAGCAGCGAUACCAAAGACCACUAAAUAACAAGGAGCAAUAAAGAGGAUGACGGUGGCAAAGCUACUGAUUCAGAUCUAAACCUCCCUCAGGUGUUUACAUACAGUGUAUCCAGUCAAGCAUUACGUAUCACCUCCCAUGAAUAUGCACUCCUGACGAAGUUCCUCGCGAACACUGCUGACAUCCAGCGCAAGCUGCAACUCACUCACUGCAUGUUAGCUAGAGCAGUACUUUCUUAAACCUAAACCCCACAUCCUGGAGGACCAUCACCCUGCAUACUGUAAUGUUUUCCCUGCUCCACCACACCUACUUAAAUUAAGAAAAGACUGUUAAUCAACUGAUUAGGUAAAUCAGGGAGCUGAGAAAACACUCAGAUGUACAGGGCAGUGCUCCUCCAGGACCCGCGUGGAGAACCACUGAGCUACAUGUUUGAGCUUUUAGUUAUGAUUUGUAUUGUUUUUAUGAGAUUUUCAACUCCAUAAAGCCAGGAAGUAUAUACUGACUGCUAAAAAGAAUAUUGGUAUGUGGAAUUUGGUUAUAAAGUUUAUGAGACGUUGUGUUUUUUAAAUGUAUUAAGCAUGAGUUGCACUUUACUAGUGUAAUCGGGUCGCUAGUGAAAAAGGGUUGAGCACUUGUGCCUGGGCCACUAAAAGAUUUAUCAGAUCAUAACUCUUAUUGGAAAAUAGAUGAGACUCCAAAAACACAAACAUGGCACAUCUUUGGCCUCCAACAGCAUUUACUUCAGAAUUUUCCUGAGAACACAACUAGAUCAAGUUCAACACGGGUCUGUUGUCAGUUAUCUGUAAUCCUCAUGUUGUUUCUCACCUCAAGGCUACAGGACGUUAAAGAAAGGUAUCACAUGGGAACAGAUGCUAAAUCUAGAUUUGAGCCAAUACAGGAUAAUGUUGAAGGAUAAUCGUUUAUGACCCGCCUACACCUGAGGAACUCUUGCGACAGGCAGGUCCAGUAACUUGGCUUGAAUUGUGACCCAGGCAUAAGUAGCUUUGAAAUGUACGCAACAGGGUAAAGGUUUUGUUUUUUUUCUUGGCAAUAUGAGCAUUUAUUCCCUCUCUCUCACACACACACACACACACCUGUUCAACCAAAGACUGAGCUGUGCCUUUAAUUGCUAUUAUAUCAGAUACUCGUGUUGCUGACAAUGUGCGCAGUGUACUUGAAAUCAUGUUCAGCUGAAAAUAAAUACCUAAACUAUUAUUACAGCUAA